AUGUCGGGCAUGUUCAAGAGUCCUUUCGGGGCUAACGCCAACCCUUUCGGAGGGCCCAGCGACGGGGCCCCGGCGGGAGGCAACGCCAUCCAUCGAGUCGUCGAGGAAGAGGAGAACGACACCGUCACGUCUCCUACGUCACCAAAUUUCGGCAUGAACGCAGGUUCAAUGUUCAGCGGCCCAUUUGGAGGCGAUGCGGCCAAUGACGCCCCGCCGUCUGCGCUCAGAAGCCCGCCCAAUCCAGAGAGCUAUCCCGCCCAAUACAACUUUGGCCGCCGAACCUCGGUCUCGGCUGAGUCGUUGAAGCCCAGCGCAGAUACUUAUGAUAAUUGGUCACCGCCUUACCAUCAGAAGAGCAAGGAGCAGCUGGGCCGUCUGCAAACUGCCAUUGAAGGCAACUUCCUGUUCAGUCAUCUGGAUGAUGAACAGAGCGCUCAGAUUCUGGGUGCUCUAAACGAAAAGCCCAUUCCUGCUAAGGAUAUCAAGGUUAUUAGCCAGGGCGACGCUGGCGACUUUUUCUACGUAGUGGAGAAGGGAUCUUUCGAUGUGUAUGUCAACAGCAGCGGCAACUUGCAGCCUGGUCCCGAAGGCAUGGGCCAAAAAGUCGGGACUAUUCAAGCCGGCGGCUCCUUCGGUGAAUUGGCCCUAAUGUACAACGCUCCUCGCGCUGCAACUGUCAUCUCGGCCGAGUCCGGAUGUACCCUUUGGGCGCUUGACCGUCUUACUUUCCGCCGCAUUCUCAUGGAGUCGACGUUUGCUCGGCGACGAAUGUACGAGAGUUUCCUCGAAGAGGUACCCUUGUUGCAGAGUCUUACGCCGUAUGAGCGAUCCAAGAUUGCCGAUGCGCUGGAGACCCAAAAGUACGCUCCUGGGGAGAUCAUUAUCAGGGAGGGAGACCCCGGACACUCGUUCUUCCUUCUGGAGAGCGGCGAGGCCGAUGCGUACAAGGGUGACAGCAAAGAAUCCGUCAAGCACUACAGCAAGGGAGACUUCUUCGGCGAGCUCGCGCUUCUGAAUGACGCUCCUCGUGCCGCUAGCAUUGCUGCGACGACGGAUGUCAAGGUUGCUAGCCUGGGCAAGAACGCCUUCCAGAGGCUUCUUGGUCCCGUCGAAGGCAUCAUGAGACGGACGAAGUACGAAGGCGUCAAAACUGGUGUCGAGGAGAUGGAUCCGCUCCAAGCGGCCUAA